UGUAACGGAGGUAAACAAGAUAUAAACGUUUUGAUUGAUAAAACAAAUACAAUAAACACUCGACUACGACAAUAUAUAGUUUAUCUGUGUUAUUCAAGCCAUCUCAGGCAUUAACUUUGAAGGAGACGGUCACUCGACUAUCUUUACCAGCACUGAGGGUCGUUCGUCUCCAGCAGUUUCUGAAUCUUCUCAGUGUUCUUGGAGGAGAUCACCUGAUGACCAAAACAGGCAAUUUAUACAUGACUGGAUGACUAACACCAGAGCAACGGACUCUCAAAAGCACACGAGCAACACUUCAGUCAGUGACUCUGGAAUAGAAGAAUCUUCUACAAGACCAGAUGAGAAGACCAGUGAUCCUGCAUGGAGACCACACACACAUGCAAGUAAAGGCAUAAGAAAGAGCUGCCCACAGUCAAGGAAUCAUGAACAAGAUCAUACCACUAACAAGCAGAAAUCCAUGAUCAGUCCAGAGAGCAGCAGACAGAGUCGCUCCGCAGAAUCAGUGUCCUCAACAAAGAUGUUCAAACUGAGACUGAAGGAGGAGUUUCAGUAUCUGAAUGAAGAAAUAUAUUCUGGAGAAAGACAAAAACUGAAUGAUGUCUUCAUUGAACAGCACGUCACCGAGGACCCUGAUUCUCACAUCAGUGAUGACAGACAGAUCAUGCGCAGAAACAUGUUUGAAGGCCAGCAUAUCAGGAGCGUGUUGAUGAAGGGAGAUGCUGGAACUGGAAAAACCGUGACUGUGCAGAAGUUCAUCCUGGACUGGGCUGAAGAGAAAUCAAACACUCAUAUCGAUUAUAUAUUUCCAAUACCUUUUCAGAAGCUGAGCAUUAUCAGAGAGACGCUGAAGAAGUGCAGCUUCAUGGAGCUUCUGCAGCAAUGCUUUGAAAACACUGAAGAUCUGAAACCUGACUCUGACAGAAUCAUGCUGGUCUUUGAUGGACUCAAUGAGUUUAAUCUUCCUCUGGAUUUCCAAAACACAAAGAAGAUUACUGAUAUACAUGAUCCAGCCUCAGUCUCUGAUCUACUGACAAACCUGAUCAUGAGAAAUCUGCUUCCUAACGCUCAGAUCUGGAUCACCAGCAGACCAGCGGCAGCCAAUCAGAUUCCUGAUGGAUUCAUUGAUCGUGUGACAGAGAUCCAGGGCUUUAAUGAUCAGCAGAAGGAGGAAUAUUUCAGAAAGAGCAUCAGUGAUCAGAGAAUGAGUGAUAAAGUCAUCCGUCACAUCCAGACGUCACCCCGCAUCAGCAGCAUGUGUUAUUUACCAGAUUACUGCAGAAUCAUCGCAGCGAUUCCUGAGAAGAUGUUCAGAACAGACAGUGAUGAUUUCCCCAAGACUCUCACUCAGAUGUACAGCAGACUCCUGUUAGCUCAGACUGAACUGAUGCGAGAGAGAAGAGAGAGCAUCGUAGCUCUGGGGAGAAUAGCGUUUCAUCUGCUGGAGAACAGAAACUCUCUCUUCUGUUAUGAACACUUAAAGAAAUGUGGCAUUAGAGAUGAAAGUGAUCUGAUACGCUCAUCAAUCAUAAAGAAGACUGAAGACAAAAGCAAGCGUAAAUUACUCUGUUUUGUGAAUCACAGAACACAGGAGUUUCUGGCAGCUUUAUAUGUGACUGAAGUCAUUAAUGUGAAUAAUAAGCUCCAGCUCAGAGAUCUGUCCAGUCUGAAGCUUGACUACGGAGAGCGGUGCUUCACAGACUGCUAUGAACACCAGAAAGUGAUGAAAACACUUUAGAAAGACAGAUGGAUCUCUUCUUCUGCUUUUUACUGGGUUUGUCGCUGGAGUCCAGUCAGAGAGCUUUAAAAGACCUCCUGAAACAGAGAAGAAGCUCUUCAUCCAGUCAAGAGGCAGUUAAACACAUCAAAACACUGAUCAUGAAGUCUUCUGUAGAAAAUACAGACAAACGCCGUCUCCUGUUUGAUGCUCUGAAAGAGCUGGAUGAACGAGAUUUAAUCCAGGAAAUAAAAACACAGCUGAAAUCUGGACUCAGACUCUCUCCUGAUCAGAUGUUAGCUCUGAUGAACUCAGAAGAACAGCAGAUUCAGUCACAACGAUCAGAGGAUCUGAGGCUGAUGAAGGGGAAUCAAGGAUUGAGUGAUUCGUGCAUCACUGGCCGGUCAUUCAUUUGAAACUCAGAUCAUUUCACAGUGAUUUUAUAGAUAAUAAUUAGUUGUUUGGUGAGCACAUUUUCUCCCUCUAUAAGUAAUAAACAUGAUUCCCGAUGUCUUAAGGUCACAAGUUGAGAGCGAGACUGCCAUUAAAUCAUUGAUUGAGAUUAUAUAUGAAAAAUUCAGUGUGAUUACAUCAAGGUGUGAAACGUGAACUUUUAAAGAUUUUGGAUUUUUGCUUUAAGAUGUGACAUUUGAACUUGUGUUAAAUAUCUGUGUACUUUUUUAUUUUGUGUGUAUCAAGAUAAACUUCAAAAGAUAACAAAAUGUCAAUCAUUUUUAUAUACUGAAUAAUAGCAUAAACUGAAGAAAUUCAACAUUGUGAUGGAUCAGAGCUCAAAGGAUUGAAGUCUGUCACCAUUUUACACAUUUUGUGUUUUAGAUGUAAAAACAAUCCUCGUAUUCAUAUGUUUAGCAGUCUUUUAAAACAAUUAUAAAAGCUGAUAAUAAUAAUAAAAUUAAAGGCCGAGUCAAAUUUCUUAACCUAGAUUUAAGGUUAAGUGAACACUUGAGGAGCCAAAUGAGGACAAACUAUUUCAAGACCCUUGUACAUGACAUUUGUUUCCCAGCUGAAUGAUUUAAAUCAGUCUGAUUUGACUGUAAACUCAGUCCAUCAGUUUGCUCAUGAGUAAUGAUGAUUAGCUGGUGUAAACACACUCACCUGUAUCACCUGUGUGCGGUUUAACAAAUGAAAUCAUCAGAAACACAUGAUCAGCGCUCAAUAUGAUGUUGAACUCAUGAAUGACCAGCAGAUGGAGCUGUUGCUCAGAAUAAAAACACACACAUGGUCACGUGACAUCAGAUAAAACACAUCAGGGGCCUGUUUCAUAAAACAAGUUUACCAAAUAAACCAGGCUUAUU